AUGGAUAUUUUAAAAGCAGAAAUAGCACGAAAAAGAAAACUUUUAGAGGACAGAAAUAUUCUGGACCCAUCGAAGAGGUAUUUUAAAAGAGGCGUACUAUUAGCGAAGGAAGAAGAGGAAUAUUUGAAAAAGUAUGGACCACAGAAAAAUAGUAUCGAUGGUGAUAAAACUGAAAAAAGCGAAUCAGAAAACAAACAUUACAGCGACCAAAGCGAAAACGCAACAUUGCCUAGAAAUGAAGUAAUUAAAAGAUUACGAGAACGUGGACACCCAAUUAUACUGUAUGGUGAGACUGAGUUACAGUCUUUUAAGAGGUUGCGAAGAAUAGAGAUAUUAGAACCUGAAGCCAAUAAGGGAUUCAGAAAUGACUUCCAAGAAGCAAUGGAUAAAGUGGAUGAGGCUUAUCUCAAUGAAAUUCUGGCAUUAGGAGCUCAGAGUGACAUUGAAAAGUUACAAAAGGAAGAAGCAAUAGAUGAGUCUGUGACAUAUGACACCAUACAGGAGAUGGCAAAAACAAUGGGACAAGGGGAUAGAUGUCAUGACAUGAAUGUUAUUAUGACUUUAUUACAGUUUCUACUAAACCUUUGGGGUCAACAAUUAAAUUCUGCAACUGCUGCCGAGAGAAUGUCUACAAAACACAAAAUGACGAGAGCUACAUACACUCAAACUCAAGUGUACCUUAAACCGUUGAUGAGAAAGUUGAAUAAGAAAAAUUUACCAGAUGAUAUUUGCGAUAGUUUAACGGAGAUCUGUAAACAUUUAUUAGAAAGAAAUUACAUUAUGGCUAGCGAUGACUAUCUACAAAUGGCUAUAGGCAACGCUCCCUGGCCCAUCGGAGUAACCAUGGUGGGCAUCCACGCACGUACUGGUCGAGAAAAGAUCUUCUCAAAGAAUGUAGCUCAUGUGAUGAACGACGAGACUCAAAGGAAGUACAUACAAGCCCUCAAGAGAUUGAUGACCAAGUGCCAAGAGUAUUUUCCCACAGACCCCUCACGUUGCGUUGAAUAUACUAAGAUCAGAUAG